GAAGGGUUAUUUUUAAACAGUAUGAAGUGAUCGGGUAACAUCUAAUCAUUCUGUCUGAUCAAUUUCACGUAUUUAUAUUUUUUUCUCACGGAAAAAAUAAUGUCGGAAAUUAAAGAAUUCGAGAGUGUGGAUAGCGCUUUAAGACAAUUACCUAAGGAGGAUUACGAUAGAGUUAGAAAAAUUCUUUACGGAAAUGAAACACAUGAUAUUGAGGUUUCGGAAGAAUCCAAAGAAUUAGCUUCCAAAUACAAUAUUGAAUUAGUAACAUGCGGUUUCAACUGUAGAGAUGAGCAGUUACGGAGUCCUAAAGUUGUUAGAGUUGGACUCUUUCAGCAUAAAUUAGUACCGUUUCCUACUUCUACCCCUAUUCAGGAGAUGAAAUACGCCCUCUUCAAGUUUGCUAAUAAAGCAAUAAGAAUAGCAGCUAGAGGAGGAGUGAAUAUUUUCUGUUUUCCGGAAACUUGGAAUAUGCCAUACGCAUUUUGUACUAGAGAAAAAACUCCAUGGUGUGAAUAUGCAGAAAGUGCUCAAUAUGGCCCAACGACUAAGAUGCUGCAAGAGUUGGCUCAAAUCCACAACAUGGUUAUAAUUUCACCAAUUUUGGAACGUGAUGAUAUUUACAAUGAUUCUAUUUGGAACACGGCAGUUGUAAUCGACAAUCAUGGAGAUUAUUUGGGAAAACAAAGGAAGAAUCAUAUUCCUAGGGCUGGUGAUAUAAAUGAAGCUAUUUAUUGCAGUGAAGGCAAUUCGGGACAUCCCGUCUUUGAAACUGAAUUUGGAAAGAUUGGCGUAUGCUUCAGUCGUCACCAUCCAAUCAACUCAUUAAUAUUUGGAGUCAAUGGGGCAGAAAUAGUUUUUAAUCCAGCUGCAGCUGCAGGAUCUUUCAACGAACCGCUUUGGUCGAUUGAAUCUAGAAGUGCUGCUAUUGCUAAUGGUUAUUUCACGUGCGCCGUCAAUAGAGUAGGAACAGAAGUGUUUGAGAACGAUUUUACAAUCGGGGAUGGAAAACCUCCUCAUAGAGAAAGCGACUAUUAUUUUGGAUCCAGUUAUGUUACUGCACCUAACGGUGUUAGAACUCCAGGACUAUCCAGGACCAAAAAUGGCCUACUUAUAGCUGAAAUGGAUUUAAAUCUCUGCAGACAAGUAAAAGAUCAUUGGGGUUUUCAAUUGUCACAAAGAUUGGAUUUGUACGCUGAUUUACUAAGUCGUGCUACUAGAUCGGAUUUUACUCCUCAGAUUAUACGAAAAUCAUGUAAACCACCACAAUAAUUUGUUAAAUAAAGUUUAUUGGUGCCUUAA